GGCUGAGUCGCCCCGGGCAGAAUCGAAACUGAUCGCAGAAUCGAAAGUGAUCGCGGGGCGGACAGGCCAGCCGCUGGGUCGUCGGAGGACUUCACACCUCUGGUCGUCCCAGUGGACCAGCUGAGCUCAGCAGCCUCGGAUCCUGCCCGGAAGACCCAGGGCAGCGUCGGAGAUGGAGGCCCCCGGGUCCCAUGCGUUGCCUGCCAGCCCCACCGCCAGCAAGGGACCAUCCCUGGCCAGGCUGUGCGCCCAGGUGGACCUGCAUCUAGGCUGCUCCCGCUGCGCGCAGCGCCUCAAUGAGAGCACAUACGUCCUGCGCGGGGUGGAGCACAGCUGCCCCCGAGAGAUCCUGCUGGCCCGCUUCAGGCAAGCCAGCAAGAGCAAGGUCUGGCGCAAGGUGGGCCGCCGGCCCAGCUUCCCAAGGCCUUCCCGCUACGAGGUCUGUCGCUACUACAGCCCAGGGCUCGGCUGCCGGCGCCACCGGAACCAGUGCACCUUCGCCCGCAGCCGAGAGGAGGCCCUGGUCUGGACCUUCGAGCGGGAGCACAAGCUGCAGCGCCUGUGGCUGAAGGCGGCGGUGCAGGGCGGCAGGGCCCAGGGCGGGCCGGGCAGCGUGGCCGACGCCAUCCGAGAGGAGUUCGGUGGCCACUUCGAGCUGCUCUGCUCCCUCUGCUUCCGGCACAGCCCCCCGCACAUCCGCCCUGUAGACCCCCAGGGGCAGUGCCCCGAGCACGGAGCCUGCCCCUCACUCCUGACUCACGUGAGCGCCAAGGGCCCCCGCAAGCAGCAGUUCGUGGAGGUGCGGCCACAGCCCCAGUACGGCCAGCCGCUGGCCUACUGCACGUUCGUGGGGCGCGGGCGGCCGUGCCGGCAUGGGGCGUCUCGCUGCCAGUACGCGCACAGCGCCGUGGAGAUGGCUGUGUGGGAGGCCGAGCAGCUGGCCAGCCUCAAGCGGGAGGACCUGCUCGCUCCCGCUGCCCCGAGGGACGGGUGCACAGCGCCACGCAGCCGGCUCCCCGGGGCCCAGCUGUACUGCCACGCCUGCCGGGUUACCUGCCCGUCUCAGGAGGCUUUCGAGAACCACUGCUCCUCCUGGGAGCACACACACAUGGUGGCCGUCGACCUGGCCGUGCCCUGGGAGCACCGCCGCCCACCCACAGGGCUCUCCAAAUUCGAGCUCUGCCCAGAGCCUGACCUCUGUGAGUACGGGGACAACUGCACCAAGGCACACUCGGCACAGGAGCUGCAGGAGUGGGUCCAGAGGGUGCAAGCAGCAGAGCUGCGGGAGCAGGCGGCCUGGCAGGACGGGCUGGUGUCCUACCGGGAGCGGCUGCUGGCCGAGUACCAUGGCAGCAGCGGCGAGGCCCUGGUGCUGUCCGAGACCGUCGCGGGCGUGUCUGUCUCCUGCGACCAGCCCCUGGUGCAUCAGGCCCGGGAGAAGAAGACCCAGCACAGCUGGGUGUUCACCAUCCACUCGGAGGACCCCCUGUUACACGUGGCCCUGCUCAAGCAGGAGCCUGGAGCACACUUCUCCCUGCUGGCGCCCAGCCUCCCGCCAGGCCGGCUCUAUGCACAGGGGGAGCGCUUCCGCGAGGCCCAGUCCCCGACGGACUUCCAGGUGGGAGUACGUGUGCAGACUACCUCCUUUGGCACCUUUAAGCAGUGGGUGGUCUUUGACUUUGGCCGCCGGCCGGUGCUGCUUCAAAAGCUGGAGCUGCAGCUGGGCCAGGUUCACUCCCCGGAACUCCGGGGCAGGACAGUGCCCGGCCACUCCGAGGAGCUGGAGCGCUGGCACGCCGGCAACCGCCACGUGGUGCCUGGUGUGGAGCAGACGGCCGAGCAGACAGCGCUGCUGGCCAAGUACAAGGUGCCUGCCCAGGCCCUGGAGCUCACGCGCAGCAGCCCCGCCUCGGGCCCCCUGUCUCGGACCAACUAUCGGCAGAGGAUGCAGCAGUUUCUCUAUGAGGAGGAGGCGGCUCAGCAACGGCUGGUGGCCAAGUUGUCCCUUCGGGCCCAAGUGUCCCUGAAGACGGCGCUGCAGACGCCAGCCCUGGGCAUGCUGUUCGCACCACCCGGAGCGCUCUACGCUGAGGUCCCCAUCCCCGCCUCCCUGACGCCCAACACGGAGCAGGGCUUCCUGCUGGGCCGGGCGGUCAGCACGGCCCUCGUGGCCCCCGUGCCCGCGCCCAACAGCACAGUGUUCGAAGUGCAGCUGGAGCCACGGGCCCGGUCGGAGCAGGCGCUCUGGCUGCUGCUGCCGGUCCGCUGCUGUGUGGCCCUGGGGCUGCGGCCCGAGGCCAGCCCCCUCCUGGAGGUGCAGUUCCAGAUCAACCCGCUGACCUUCUGCCUCUGGCACGAGGCAGUGGACGCGCUGCCCGAGGAGCACUUGGUGGUGCCGGACUUGCCCGCCUGCGCCCUGCCGAGCCCGUGGCGUGUCCCGCCCUCCCUGCACGGCAACUGCAAGCAGAAGCUGGCCAUGGCGCUCAUUGCGGGCAGCGGCCCCGGGGACGGGAGGCCUGUGUCCCCGCUGCUCAUCUACGGCCCCUUUGGCACCGGCAAGACCUACACGCUGGCCAUGGCCUCCCUGCAGGUCCUGCGGCAGCCGUGCACCAGGGUGCUCAUCUGCACACACACCAACAGCGCCGCCGACAUCUACGUGCGGGAGUAUUUCCACGGCUGCGUCAGCAGCGGCCACCCCGAGGCGGCUCCGCUGCGGGUGAUGUACACGGACCGGCCCCCCAGCCAGACGGACCCCACCACGCUGCGCUACUGCUGCCUGACCCAGGACCGCCGGGCCUUCCGCCAGCCCACGGAGGCGGAGCUGGAGCGGCACCGCGUGGUGGUCACCACCACCUCCCAGGCCCGCGAGCUCAGGGUGCCCGCUGGCUUCUUCUCGCACAUCCUCAUCGACGAGGCCGCCCAGAUGCUGGAGUGCGAGGCCCUCACCCCGCUGCGCCACGCCGCGCCCGGCACCCGCGUGGUGCUGGCGGGCGACCACAUGCAGGUGGCGCCCAGGCUGUUCAGCGUGGCCAGGGCCAGGGCGGCGGAGCACACGCUGCUGUACCGCCUGUUCCUGUACUACCAGCGGGCAGAGCACGAGGUCGCGCGGCAGAGCCGGGUCGUCUUCCACGAGAACUACCGCUCCACGGAAGCCAUCGUCAGGUUUGUCUCCCGCCACUUCUACCUGGCCAAGGGCAGCCCCAUCCACGCCAGCGGCAAGGUCCCGCGCCACCCCCGAUGCUACCCACUCGUGUUCUGCCACGUGGCGGGCAGCCCCGAGCGGGACAUGGCGCUGACGUCCUGGGUGAACCUGGCUGAGAUUGUCCAGGUCGUCGAGAAGGUGCAGGAAGUCUACGACACCUGGCCCGGCUGCUGGGGCGGGCGGGAGCAGAGACACAUCUGUGUCGUCUCCCAUGGUGCCCAGGUGAGCUGGCCUGGCGGGCGGCCCCUCCGACCACCCCAGCCUCGGUUUCCCCAUCUGCAGGGGGCUCAGCCCUUCGGGCGUGCGGGGCUGGGGGUGCGGCAUGCCCUCUCCUUGCCAGCGAACGGCAGGCGCCUGCUGCCCGGCCCGUGUUGCCUGCAGGUCGGCGCACUGAGGCAGGAGCUCCGGAGGAGGAACCUGGGCGCGGUGUCCGUGGGCAGCUUCGAGAUCCUGCCAGGGCGGGAGUUCCGCGUGGUGGUGCUGAGCACUGUGCACAACCGCGACAGCCUGCUGGGCCCUGGGGCGCCGUCCGCGGACUUCUUCACCAACCCCCGUGUGCUCAACACCGUCAUGACCCGCGCGCAGUCCCUGCUGGUGGCCGUGGGGGACGCCGUGGCCCUCUGCUCCUUCGGGACCUGCAGCAAGCUCUGGAAGAGCUUCAUCCGCGAGUGCGUGGAGCGGCGCAGCGUCCUCCCCGAGGGCCUGUCGCUGGAGCAGAUCGAGCAGGCCGUGGCCCGGGGGCAGCGUGGCACCCUCAGAGCAGAGGGGGCCGGGGCGGCUGUGGCCAGUGAGGCCAUCUUGGAGGGGCCCGCGGGGGGCCCGGCCAUGGAGUGCACGGCUGCCGCCACAGCCACGGCAAGAGCAGAGGUUGGGGACCAGGCCUUGUGCACCAUGGCCCGUGACAUCACGGCCGUGGGGGGUCCCGCUGUGCAGGAGGCGGCCCCAGCGCAGACGGCGGCCAGGACGGCAGCGCCGGCAGGAGACGCAGCACUGGGGAACAAGGCAGCAGGAGCGCCUGCCCCGGAGGGCGGGGAGUCUGAGGACACCGAGGACGCCGAGUCUGACUUCUGGCCGUCUGACGGGGAGCUCAACGCGGACGACUCCAUCCUGCAGGAGCUCCUGGAUGAGAGCCGGAAGGUGACAGUGACCGUCGGGGAGGACGGGCUGCUGGACACCGUUGCCAGGCCCACGUGCCCGCGCCAGGCCCGUCACUAUGUGAACCUGCCCUCGGCGGUUCUGCUCAAGCUGCUGGCCCAGGAGCCCGAGCUGUACCGCCGCUGCGCCUUCCUGCAGGAGACCUUUGACCGGGCGUCCGCCGUGCCGCUGGAGGGUGAGGCCUCCGGUGCCAUCCAGCUCAGGGGCCGCCGCAACUGCGGGAUGGCCUUCAGUGGGGACGAGGUACUGGUGAAGGUCCUGCCCGGGGCCACUAGUGACAGAGGCCCGGCGGAGCAGUCGCAGGGCCGCGUGGUGGGCGUGCUGAAGAGGCGGCGGCAGGACCUGGCGUUCGUGUGCCGCGUGGACGAGUGGGACCCCCGCAUCAUGGUCCCCAUCAAUGGCUCCGUGACCAAGAUCUUCGUGGCUGAGCUGAAGGACCCACUGCAGGUGCCCGUCUACCGCCUGUGCCAGGGCCGGGUGCAGCGUGUGGGCCAAGAGAGGCUCACGCCCGAGGCCCGGCGUGGCCGGCUUUUCUGGGUCCGCAUUGUCCUGUGGCGGACCCGGUUCUACUACCCGCUGGGCGUCGUCCUGGAGGUGCUGCCCGAGGCCACCAGCUGGGACCGGGGUCUCCGCGUCCUGGACCUGGAGUUUGGCCUGAGGGAGCCCUCGCCGGACCUGGCCGCUGUCACCAAGGUGCUGAAGAAACACCGUGCGGAGCUCAGCCGUGUCGGUAGCCGGCGGGAGGACUGCCGCCGCUUCCUGACCUUCACGGUGGACCCCCAGGGCGCCUGCAACCUGGACGAUGCCCUCAGUGUGCGGGACCUGGGCCCCAGCUACGAGGUGGCCGUGCACAUCGCCGACGUGGCCAGCCUCCUGCCCAGGGACGGGGCGCUGGACGUGGAGGCCCGCAGGCGCGGCACGGCCUUCUAUGCGCCCGGCCGCGAGCCCGUGCCCAUGCUGCCAGCCAGCCUCUGCCGCGACGUGCUCAGCCUCCUGCCGGGCCAGGACCGCCCGGCCCUGUCGCUCUUCCUCACCAUGGAGAAGGGCAGCGGCCAGCUCAGGAGCCUGCGCUUCGGGCUCUCCGUGGUCUGCUCCGACCGGCAGCUGAGCUACGAGGAGGCCGAGCGGCUGAUCCGGGAGCACCUGGGCGCUGGCCGGGAGCUGCCGGCCCACCUGGACUCCGUGGACGCCUGCGUGGUGGCCGCGUUCCACAUCUCCCGCGUGCUGCGCCGGCGCCGCCUGCAGGCCACCUGUCUCUACGAGCAGCUGGACGAGGACAACGCCCUGGGUUUCCGCGCAGCCCACCUCAUGGUCAAGGAGUACAUGAUCCAGUUCAACAGCCUCGCGGCCGAGUUCCUGGUGGGCAACGAGCGCACGCACACGGUCACGCCUCUGCGCUGGCAGCCCGCGCCCGGCGGCCCCCAGCUGAGGGCCGUGGCCGAGAAGCACGGGCCGCUCGUGCCCCUGUCGCUGCACCUCAGCCACCACCUGCGCGGCAGCGGCAGCCCUGCGCCACAGCUGCAGCUCCUGGCCUCGCUCUGGAGGCAGGUCCGGUGCGCCGCCCGUGGCCAGGACUACGAGCAGAUGGCAGACCUGAUCGCCACGGACGACAUGCACCCUUCCCUGGCGCCCGCGGGCCUCGACUUCCGGAAGGCGCUGGGCCGCUCCGUCUUCGGCCGCUCCAGCCGGGGCGCACAGCAGCAGGCCGGCCACUACGCGCUGCAGGUGGACCGCUACACCUGGGCCACCUCGCCCAUCCGCAGGUACCUGGACGUGGUGCUGCAGCGGCAGAUCCUGCUGGCGCUGGGCCACGGGGGCGCCGCGUACUCGGAGAGGGACAUCGACAGGCUCUGCCUGGACUUCAGCCGGCAGCACGCACAGGCGCAGAGCUACCAGCGCCGGGCCCGCGGCCUGCACCUGGCCGUGCAGCUCCAGGCCCAGCCUCGCCACAAGCUGGGCUUCGUGGUGGACGUGGACGCCGGCAGCCGCGGCUUCAGGCUCCUCUUCCCCACCAACCGGGAGACGCUGCCUGACCCCUGCCCCGUCCACUACCGCUCCCUGCAGCUGGCCGAGCCGCCCCAGGACCUGCCAGGCCAGCCGGGCCUGCGGCUCCUGUGGCGGCGCCGCGUCUACUCCGUGCGGGGCCCCAAGCUGUCCUUGCCGACGCCUGGCACCCUGUGCAGCCCGCACACCCAGACCGUCAGCGCGGCCGUGUGGCAGCGGCUGCUGGCGCUGGUGGAGGAGCAGCGCUGGCCAGAGGCGGCCACUCUCGUCCGGGAGCAGGGGGAGGAGGCGGCCCCAGGGCGGGAGCUGGUGCAGGUGCAGCGGAGCCGCUGCGGCCACUUCCUGGAGGUGGCCCAGGAGCUGGGCAGCGGGGACACGCUGCAGGUGCAGCUCGGCGCCAGCCUGCAGCGCGGCUUCCUGGUGCCCACCCUGCAGCUGUGGGCGGUGGCGCCCGGCCUCAGCCUCUGCCUGGAGCACGUGGAGCGUCCCGGGGACUGCUUCCUGGGCCACGCACCGCAGGCGCCUCAGGACUGGUACCAAGACGUGGGUGAGUACGCCCGUGUGUGGGCGCCGUUCUGCGCCCUGGAGUCGGUCACCAACGCGGUGGCCGAGAACAGCUCCAUCACGCUGCAGCACCUGCGGGUUUGCUGGGACGCAGAGCGGACGCCACAGGGGCAGCUGCAGGGCACCUUCCAGCUGGAGACCUCCUUCCUCUGGGAGAAUGGCAUCGACGUCGACCUCGGCUGCUGCUACCUCUGCCUCCGGCUCGAGGGGCUGCCCACGCCCCCCGGCCCCCUGGCCCCUGGGCCCAGCAGCCUGGGCCCCGUCCUGAGCGUGGACCCCAGCACGUACACCUGGGUGGCCCACGGGCUGACCGAGGACGGGGACCAGGAGGGCUGCGCGGACAGGCAGGAGGCCCCCAGGCGGGUGCACUUCUUCAUCCACCACAUGGCCAUGGAGAAGGUUCCAGAAGACGUGCUGAGGCCGGGCACCCAGUUCACCGUUGAGGUGCUGCCCAAGCAGCUUCCCGAUCUCCGCAAGGAGGAAGCCGUUCGCGCUCUGGGGAGGGCGUCCCCGCUGGUCACCAGCAUUGCCCUCGGGCAGCCCGUCCUGCAGGCCUGCCACCUGCCCCUCCAGCAGCCCCGCCCCCAAGGUAGGCCCGCCCCGCCCCCACCUGCCCCUCCCCACCCUGCCCUGCACCCCUGCUCAGGCCACCUGUCCCCACGCCACCCCUCAGCGGCCAGCAGCAGGUUCCUGGCACGACAGACCUUCGACAUCCCCGGAGGCCGCCACAAGCUGAACGCCAGCCAGAACGGGGCCGUCAGGGAAGCCCUGAGGAAGCCAUUUUCGGUCAUCCAGGGUCCACCAGGGACGGGGAAGACGGUCGUGGGCCUCCACGUCAUCUACUGGUUCCACAAGUCCAACCAGGAGCAGGGACGGCCUGGCGGGGAGAAGCAGCCCGGGGGCCCCUGCAUCCUGUACUGCGGCCCCUCCAACAAGUCGGUGGACGUGCUGGCAGGGAUGCUCCUGAGCAGGGCGGAGCUGAGGCCCCUCCGGGUGUACAGUGAGCAGGUGGAGGCCACCGAGUUCCCGGUGCCCGGCGUGGGCAGCAGGGCCCUGCCCAAGAAGGCGCCUCGGGAGGGGCAGCCCAACCCGGCCCUCAGGAGCAUCACGCUGCACCACCGGAUCCGGCAGGCCUCCAACCCGUACGCGCCCACCCUCAGGGCCUUUGACGCCCGGCUGCAGAACGGGGAGGUCUUCUCCAGGGAGGACCUCGUCUGGUACAAGCGGGUCUUGGCGAAGGCUCGCAAGUUCGAGCUGGGCCAGCAUGUGGUCAUUCUCUGCACGUGCUCCUGUGCGGCCGCCGCCAGCCUCAGGGCCCUGGACGUCCGGCAGAUCCUGGUUGACGAGGCAGGCAUGGCCACCGAGCCCGAGACCCUCAUCCCCCUGGUGCACUUCCCAAGAGCUGAGAAGGUGGUUCUUCUUGGGGACCACAAGCAGCUGCGGCCCGUGGUCAGGAACGAGCGGCUGCAGAACUUGGGGCUGGACCGGUCCCUCUUCGAGCGCUACCACAGGGACGCCUACAUGCUGGACACGCAGUACCGCAUGCACGAUGGCAUCUGUGCCUUCCCCUCCGCGGAGUUCUACCACAGGAAGCUGAAGACCUGGCAGGGCCUGAGGCGGCCACCCAGUGUCCUGGGCCACGCCGGCAAGGAGAGCUGCCCUGUCAUCUUUGGCCACGUGCAGGGCCACGAGCAGAGCCUGCUGGUGUCCACAGACGAAGGGAAUGAGAACUCCAAGGCCAACCCGGAGGAGGUGGCGGUGGUGGUCUCCAUUGCCAAGCAGCUGACCCUGGGGAGGACGGUGGAGCCCGGGGACGUCGCCGUCCUCACCCCCUACAACGCGCAGGCCGCGGAGAUCCGCAGGGGCCUCCGGCGGGAGGGUGUGAGCGGAGUGAUGGUGUCCUCCAUCGCCAAGAGCCAGGGCAGCGAGUGGCGCUACGUGCUGGUGAGUACCGUCCGCACCUGCGGCAGGAGAGACCUGGACCCGCAGCCCACCAAGGCCUGGCUCCGCAAGUUCCUGGGCUUUGUCGUGGACCCCAACCAAGUGAACGUGGCCAUCACCCGGGCCCAGGAGGGGCUCUGCCUGAUCGGCGACCAUCUCCUCCUGCGCUGCUGCCCACUCUGGCGGCACCUCCUGGACUUCUGCGAGGCCCAGCAGAGCCUGGUGCCUGCCAGACAGGUGCGGGUCCGGAGGAGGCCGGCGCUGUCCUCCUGAGGAGCCUUGAGGUGCCGGGACGGGGCGGGCAUGUCCCAGCGACUCUGCUGCCAGCCUGGGGGGUCCACUCGACAGAUUGCCACAUGCCUUGGGGACCACUGGCUCGGCCCACCUGCCCUGGCGGGGGUCUGCCGGCCUGCGACUACAGCAAAGCACGGCUCAGUGGUGGCCUCUGCGGGCCAGGACGCAGGCCAGGCGUGGCCACCUGCAGGGCGCAAACCCGGCAGCAAGGAGAAGCGCUUAGAGGGGCCAUCCCCUCCUGCUGUGCUGCUAUUGUGGGGACAUUUGGGGACAGUGAAGCCCUUCAGGGACUAACAGGGGCCUCGUUGGACCGGCUUGAAGAGGUUCUGCUGUUACUGGGACGUUUGGGACCAAGAAGGAAACUGCACUUUGAUCUUUGGAUGCCACCCGUGGAGUUGAGCUUGAUUUUCUAUUUUGAAAUAAACCAAAGCCAGUGUUCCCACUGGCACAGAGACCGGCCCGACUCGGCAGGGAGGCCUGUCUGACGCUGGGACCCAGCCCUGUGUCCUUCGGGGGCCGCCCACCGGGCACAGGGCAGACCAGAACCAGGUACCUGCGCCAGCCGCCCCCAGCCCUGCAGCUGCGUGGAGCCCUGUGGGCAGCGGUGGCACCAGCUGGGCUGGCAGCCUGGUGGGUGUCCGUUUCCAGCAGCCCACAGACUCCCGCCAGGAGGUCAGCCCCCGGCUGCACCAGGCCGCUCCCGCUCUCGCCCCGUGCCUGUGCGGCACCCGGGGGACUGUCCUGGUGUUUCCACAAACCCAGUUGCUACAUUCCGAUUUUUGUAUCUCAGACUCUGAAUCAUGUGGUUGUAUAGGGAUUUCAUUAUAAAUGCCACCCUGAAAGCUCUUCUCA